CCCCUGCCCGGCCGGGCCGAGUCCGGCCGCCGAGUUCCGCCCGCGCCUGGGCGCCGCGCCGCUCCCUCCACGUCGGCCCUGCCCGCAGCCCGCCCCGCGGAGCCCAGCCGGGCCGCGCCGGUGCCCGCGGCCGCCCUCGCCCUGCAGGAAAUUCUAUGAAGAAACUACAUCAAGAUCUCCAAGCUCCUUGAGUACAGCAGAAUAAAGGAAGCCUGUUGGUCUUAUUCCUAAAGCGUCACUUCCACCUUGGACAUUUAUUCUAGAGCCCCUUUGCUUGUCCCUCCAUUUGAAGCCAACAUGUCACUGAAAAAUGAGCCACGAGUAAAUACUGCUGCGCUGCAGAAAAUUGCUGCUGACAUGAGUAAUUUGAUAGAAAAUUUGGACACACGAGAGCUCCACUUUGAAGGACAGGAGGUGGAAUAUGAUUUGUCUCCUGAUGAUCCAAAGAUACAGGAAGAGUACAUCCCAUUCUCUGCCAUUUAUGAGACUCAAGGAUUUAAGGAGCCGAACAUACAGACCUAUCUCUCUGGCUGUCCAAUAAAAGCCCAAGUUCUGGAAGUGGAGCGCUUCACAUCUGCUACCAGGGUAGCAAGUAUCAAUCUUUACACUAUUGAAUUAACACAUGGGGAAUUUAAGUGGCAAGUUAAGAGGAAAUACAAGCACUUUCAAGAAUUUCACAGAGAACUGCUCAAGUACAAAGCCUUCAUCCGAAUCCCCCUUCCCACCAAAAGACACACAUUCAGAAGACAAAAUGUCAAAAGGGAGGAACCUCGAGACAUGCCCAGUUUUCCAAGCUCAUCUGAAAACACGAAUAGAGAACAGUACUUUAGUAAGAGGAAACAGCUAGAAGAUUACUUGACAAAGUUGCUAAAAAUGCCCAUGUAUAAAAAUUAUUAUGCAACAACAGAAUUUCUCGAUAUAAGCCAGCUAUCAUUCAUCCAUGAUCUGGGACCAAAGGGCAUAGAAGGUAUGAUAAUGAAAAGAUCUGGCGGACACCGAAUACCAGGCUUGAAUUGCUGUGGGCAUGGAAGAGCCUGCUACCGCUGGUCCAAAAGGUGGUUGAUAGUGAAAGAUUCCUUUUUACUCUAUAUGAACCCAGACAGUGGUGCUAUUGCCUUUGUUCUGCUGGUGGAUAAAGAAUUCAGGAUUAAAGUGGGGAAGAAGGAGACAGAGACAAAAUAUGGACUCCGAAUUGAUAAUCUUUCAAGGACACUGAUUUUAAAAUGUAACAGUUAUAGACAUGCUCGCUUGUGGGGAGGGGCAAUUGAAGAAUUCAUCCAGAAACACGGCACCAACUUUCUCAAGGAUCACCGAUUUGGGUCGUAUGCUGCUAUCCAAGAGAACACAUUAGUUAAAUGGUAUGUUAAUGCAAAAGGAUAUUUUGAAGAUAUAGCAAAUGCAAUGGAAGAGGCAAGAGAAGAGAUUUUUAUCACGGAUUGGUGGUUGAGUCCAGAAAUCUUUCUGAAGCGCCCAGUGGUUGAGGGAAAUCGCUGGCGAUUGGACUGUAUUCUUAAACGAAAAGCACAACAGGGUGUGAGAAUCUUUGUAAUGCUCUACAAGGAGGUGGAACUUGCUCUUGGAAUCAACAGUGAAUACAGCAAGAGGACUUUGAUGCGACUACACCCUAACAUAAAGGUGAUGAGACACCCAGACCAUGUUUCAUCCACUGUCUAUCUGUGGGCUCAUCACGAGAAACUCGUUAUUAUUGACCAGUCAGUGGCUUUUGUUGGUGGGAUUGACCUGGCCUAUGGAAGGUGGGAUGACAAUGAGCACAGACUCACGGAUGUGGGUAGCGUGAAACGUGUCAAUGCCUCCAUGGGAUCCAACCAGUUACUAACAAUGGAAACAAUAGGGUCCAUGGAAUCUCUAAGCCUCAAAGACAAAAAAGAAUCCAGUAAGAGUCCGCCUGUGCUGAAGAGUGUUGAUAAUACGGAUUCAAAGCUGAAAGGAAUAGGAAAGCCCAGUAAGUUCUCCAAAUUCAGCCUCUACAAGCAACUGCACAGACACCAGCUGCACCACGCCGACAGCAUCAGCAGCAUCGACAGCACCUCCAACUAUUGUAAUCACUGUAGGAGUCAUCAGAAUUUAAUCCAUGGUUUCAAACCCCACUUGAAACUCUUUCACUCUUCUAGCAACUCUGAGCAGAGGCUCACUAGAGCUCAUACUGACACCAGCUCUAUUCGCAGCUUACAGACUGGUGUGGGAGAGCUGCAUGGCGAAACCAGAUUCUGGCAUGGGAAGGACUACUGCAAUUUUGUCUUCAAGGACUGGGUUCAACUUGAUAAACCUUUUGCUGAUUUUAUUGACAGACACUCCACCCCCCGGAUGCCCUGGCAUGACAUUGGCUCCGUAGUGCACGGGAAGGCUGCUCGGGACGUGGCUCGACACUUCAUCCAGCGCUGGAACUUCACAAAGAUUAUGAAAUCAAAAUAUCGAUCCCUUUCUUAUCCUUUUCUACUUCCAAAGUCUCAAACAACAGCCCAUGAAUUGAAAUAUCAAGUGCCUGGAUCUGUCCAUGCUAAAGUGCAGUUGCUCCGCUCCGCUGCUGAUUGGUCUGCUGGCAUAAAGUAUCAUGAGGAAUCCAUCCAUGCUGCUUAUGUGCAUGUGAUAGAAAACAGCAAACACUACAUCUACAUAGAAAACCAGUUUUUCAUAAGCUGCGCAGAUGACAAAGUUGUGUUCAACAAGGUUGGUGAUGCCAUUGCUCAACGGAUACUGAAAGCUUACAGGGAAAACAAGAGAUACCGGGUAUAUGUUGUGAUACCACUCCUGCCAGGUUUUGAAGGAGACAUUUCAACUGGUGGAGGAAAUGCUCUACAGGCAAUAAUGCACUUCAACUACAGAACCAUGUGCAGAGGAGAAAAUUCUAUCCUUGGGCAGUUAAAAGCAGAACUUGGCAAUCAGUGGAUAAAUUAUAUAUCAUUCUGUGGUCUUAGAACACAUUCUGAGCUUGAAGGAAACCUCGUCACUGAACUUAUCUAUGUCCACAGCAAGUUGCUAAUUGCUGAUGACAACACAGUUAUUAUUGGUUCUGCCAACAUCAAUGAUCGAAGCAUGUUGGGAAAGCGUGACAGCGAAAUGGCCAUCAUUGUGCAGGACACAGAGACAGUCCCCUCGGUGAUGGAUGGUGAAGAGUACCAAGCAGGCCGCUUCGCUCAGGGUCUUCGGCUUCAGUGCUUCAGGCUUGUCCUUGGCUAUCUUUCUGACCCAAGUGAGGAUAUUCAGGAUCCAGUAAGCGAAAAAUUCUUCAAGGAAGUGUGGGUUUCCACAGCAGCUCGAAAUGCUACAAUUUAUGAUAAGGUAUUCCGGUGCCUUCCCAAUGAUGAAGUCCACAAUUUAAUUCAGCUGAGAGACUUUAUAAACAAGCCCAUAUUAGCAAAGGAAGAUCCCAUGAGAGCUGAGGAGGAACUGAAAAAGAUUCGUGGGUUUUUGGUGCAAUUUCCCUUUUAUUUCUUGUCUGAAGAAAACCUACUACCUUCUGUUGGAACCAAAGAAGCCAUGGUGCCUACUGAAGUUUGGACUUAAGAGUACAUCUGUUUGCAAGCCAGGCCUACCAUCGUGGAGAGUUCACUGUGCAGUAACUUUCUGGAGACCUCACAGCCCAAGCCAGCUUGGCGCACUCUUGCAACUGAACCAUUGACCCUUUGGGUUUAUUAGUAAGGGUCGCGACCUUGAUGAAGAAAAGUCACUUCAUAGCAGCAGGGCUUCAUCAUUCCUCCUUCCUAACCUUGUGAAGGUGGAGUUGCAUUCUUAUUUGGGGCAUAUAUUCAACAACUUAAACAUAUUUUUGAUUGUUAUGUCUAUAUCAAAUUUGUAUGAGAUUUAGGGACAUAAAAGUGCAUUUCCUCUGCUAACAAGAAUUGAUCUGUAACUGAGACAUAAUUUGCCAAAUCUAAACCUCCUCAUUCUUCUCUGACCUCAUUCAUACAGCUGAUUUCUGCUGAACCUGCCCCCAUGUCAUAGUCUAUACAAGCACUGUUUUAUGUACUGUUUAUUGACUUCGAUGUUGUGAUGUGGUUUCAAGAUUCUUCAAGGUCACAUGGAAUGCCUCUGCCCAUCUUGUCUUGAGGAAGUAGUGUUUACCCAAGGAAGGUGUGGGCAUUAUUGCUCUUCAGGGACUGAAAUAAUGGGCUAGAGUUUUGUGAGCAGAAUGCCCCCCACCCCCCACCACACAAACACAUGAUAGGCACUUUGGAUAACAUUAACACUGUAUAUCAUGACACCGUGGCACAACAGGAAGAAAUUAAAUGCGGUUAUUGAGACAGAUAUUUCACUUUACCUUCAAAGGCAUUGUCAAGAUGUGCCCUUUUGAUAGGGCCCAGCUGAUCAAAUUUGAAAAUAUGUGUGAUAUUUUAUUAUGCAUUAACUGAUAAAACUCUAUGGUGUUGUUAGGGAUCUGUUGCAGAUAAGAAAAGGUGAUUGCUAUGGUCUUGUGAAAUUUCCUGUCUCUUUGACUUGCUGGAUUGAUUGAAAUUUGAGUUUCUGCAUUUCAAAAUCAAACCAGUGAAUGCAAUUUGCCUUUCAAGAGAAUCAGACUUUGUAACUCCUACCAAGUUAAUAAAUAGUCUUACUCUUAUUUGACAUUCAGCUCUCCAGCUACAUUAUCUUCAAGAAAAUUUAACUGAUUGCAGAAUACACAUUACUUCACUUGCAUUAUUUAGUAUACAUUAACAUUCCACCAGAGCUUCUAAAAAGGUGAGCAUAUUUAUCAAUUCACUUUAUCCUAUUGUCUGUAAAUUGUUCUAGAAAUGUGCUUUCUAUAUUGCGUCUUCACACACAUUAGCUCCAGUUUUCUAAGAUAAAGUAUUCUUACAGCCUAAAGAGCUAAUGUGGGUUCCCAGAAUAUCUGUGUCCAUGAAACAUGGUAUAGACACAAUGGUUGCAUAUCUAUAAAUUGUAUGUACAGAAUCUAAAUUUUUGUUGUUCAUCAAACAAGCUAGGACUCUACCCUUUUUUCACAGAGCUAUGGUAAAGGGAAAGGUUAAACAAGACACCAGGCUGAUGAUCUGGGCUAGCAGGAGACAGAGAUGAUGUCAUACCUACUAGAGUAUGUUACAGCUAGGAAACAUUUCACAAGUGACAUGGGACCACAACACUGACAAUGGAAAUGAGUUCACACUUAUUUAUAAAAGGUGAAAUGAUUUCUCAUGACAAAAUGACUAUUCUAUAACAGUUACAAAUAAGAUGUUUAGUAUACAUGAAGGCUUAGAUUAGCAUUUAAAGUAUUGCAUUUAUGUGAAAUACCUACGGAUAUUUUUUAUCUUAUUUAUAGAGAUGUUUUAAGGCAUAGAACAGUCAACAAACUGACUCUUGAUUUAGUUCAAGAUAUUCCCAUAAAAACAUGAAAAGCGUAAGCCUGAAAAGAUCCUUUUUCUUUAAAAAAAAUUAUUAAUCCAACCUCUCACCCAUGUUAUGAAUGAGGAAACUCAGUCCCAGGUUGGUUAAAGGAAUGACAUAACCUCACCAAACUUAGAGAUGAUGGGAGGAGGAUGAGUAAAAUUGCUGCUGUCCACUGCCUCUCCUUUGCCAGAAAGGAGGCUCUAAAUGAAUAGACUUCAGGCAGGAUAUCUGUAAGCUAGUUUGAUACAUUCAAAUAUUACAUAUUCAUGUGCCAGUCCUCUACCCCUGCAGAAUGUCAGCCUCAGAGGGCUAUGACUGUUCUGUGUUUUGUUCACAGUGUAUUUUCAGAGCCUGUAACAGUGUUUGGCACAUAGGAGGCAUUCCCUACCUGCUGGAUGAAUUUAAGCAAAUUUAAAAGAGAUCUGAGAAAUAGUAAAAGCAUGGAGCCAAAUAGGAAACCUAAUCAUCGAUUUCUAGGGCAUUUUUCUUUUCUACUGCAUCUUGUUAAGGGGGCGAUGCUCAUUUACAAAGAUGAAAGGCUAUAAGAAUUGCCUGUAUGGAUAUAAUGGACAAUUUGGUGCAAUAAAUGCUUGUUGCAAAAGCAGUGUACAUUGUGCAGCAUUCUGAAAAAUCCACCUGGCAGGAAGAUACAAGAUGUACUGUCUGUUUUAAUUACUUGCCAUUCUGACACUGUUAAUACCAAUAGAUGUUCAAAUAAGUUAUAAUUAACAUUAUAAUGUCAGAUUUAAACUCUAAAAUGCAAAUGAAUCAAAGCUAUUAUGAAUCUGUUCAAAAUUCAAAUUGCUUAUAAUUGUUUGAAAUGCCUAUAAAUGCUGUACCUGACACACUAAUAAUCUCUAUAAUAAUGUUUGUUUUCAAGAUGGAAAAAGUUCUGUGAUUACAGGAAAUGAAGGGUAGAAAGUGAGUGCUCAUACUUGCAGAUGGUCAAGCUUAGUGGCUGGCAGCUAAUUGACUUGAUGGACCUGGUGCAAGCGUUUGCUCUCUUGGAUCCUGGUAACUGGAUCCUGGGAACCAGCGAGAUGUACUUCAUGCUGAUCUGUAAUACAUUACAGAGAGGGAUGCAAGCCGAUUAUUAAAUAAUUGGGUGUCAAAUUAUAAAAAAAAAAACACAUUGGUUUUAUUGAGUAUAUUUUCCCCCUUCCCUUCCCUUUGUUGCUCCUAUUUAUAUGACCAGUGGUCACCCAUGCUUGUUUGUGGUGCUCACUCAUAUUCUGAUUAUAGUACUCGCCAAGAGUAAUAUACAAUAAAGACGUCCACA